CCCCAUUUUUCUUUUCCUCAACAACCGUCAUUUCUCUCUCUGUUGUGUCUGUACGGUGCACCUGAUUCUUCACCUGACAUUCAACACACAACUGCCAUUCUUCUGAGAACCAUUUACAAUUGUUUAUUUGCUGUUCCUUUUCUCGGUCGCUCAAUUGGUUGUAUAUAAGGAUUCCAUCAGUUUUCCCAAGCUCUUCUUGCUCGCUCCUUCUGGUUUUCCUUCUUUUCGAAACCCUUGUUUGUGAACUUGAGAAAGGCCACUAGGAAAGUUCUGCAGCUCGCAGCAGUUGAUGGAAUUUAAUUGACUCUAUGAUCUGUGAAAUUCUCCGCAUUUGCAUGUCCAUUUUGAGCAUAGCAAUUUGAGUUCUUUUGCCCCCUCCUUUGUCUAUCGCCUCGGAACCGGCCGUGAUGGUGGAAUCCGAGGAUCCCAAUCGUGCGGUUGAUGAAAUUUCUCCUGACUUGCUAAAAAACACGCCUUCUAAUAUUGCGAGAUUGGAGGAUGUGAUCGAGCAUUCUAAAGCAAGGCAGAAAUAUCUUGCGCAGACGGCGAGCCCAUCUGAUGGGGGUGAUGUUAGGUGGUACUUCUGUAAGGUCCCUUUGGCAGAUAAUGUGUUGUCUGCUUCAAUUCCUCGCACAGAAAUAGUGGGAAAGAGUGAUUACUUUCGUUUUGGUAUGAGAGAUUCUUUGGCUAUUGAAGCAUCUUUCUUGGAGAGAGAGGAAGAAUUGCUUUCUAGUUGGUGGAGAGAAUAUGCAGAAUGCAGUAUAGGUCCAACAGAAAGACAAAGUUCUGAUAGCAAAACGGAUAAACAUUGUCAUGGAUCUUCUAAAGGUAUUGAUUGGCCAUCUGAAUUAUAUGAAAUUGAGGAAGAAAGAGUUGGUGUCCCUGUAAAAGGAGGGCUUUAUGAGGUAGAUUUAGUAAAACGACAUUGUUUUCCUGUUUAUUGGAAUGGAGAAAAUCGACGAGUUCUAAGAGGCCAUUGGUUUGCUCGUAAAGGGGGCUUAGAUUGGCUUCCACUUCGUGAAGAUGUUGCUGAACAACUAGAGGUUGCAUAUCGUAGUCAGGUUUGGCAUCGCAGAACCUUUCAGCCAUCAGGACUUUUUGCAGCUCGUGUUGAUUUGCAAGGAUCAAUCCCUGGCCUGCAUGCUCUUUUCACUGGAGAGGAUGGUACCUGGGAGGCCUGGCUAAAUGUUGAUUCUUCUGGAUUUUCUAAUAUUGCUAGUUUGACUGGUAAUGGCAUCAAGCUAAGACGUGGUUAUUCCCCAUCAAGCUCACCAAAACCAACCCAGGAUGAAUUACGUCAGCGGAAGGAGGAGGAGAUGGAUGAUUACUGUUCACAGGUCCCUGUUCAACACUUGGUAUUUAUGGUUCAUGGGAUUGGGCAAAGGUUGGAAAAAUCUAAUUUGGUUGAUGAUGUGGCCAAUUUUCGGCAUAUUACAGAAAGUCUGGCAGAGCAACACCUUACUGCGCACCAGCGUGGCACUCAAAGGGUCCUCUUUAUCCCAUGUCAGUGGAGGAAAGGAUUGAAGCUUAGUGGUGAAAGUGCCGUUGAGAAAAUAACCUUGGAUGGAGUACGAGGCCUGCGAGUCAUGCUGAGUGCAACAGUUCAUGAUGUGCUAUAUUAUAUGAGCCCAAUCUACUGUCAAGACAUUAUUGACUCGGUAUCAACCCAACUAAAUCGGCUGUAUUUGAAGUUUCUCAAACGCAAUCCAGGAUAUGAGGGAAAGGUUUCAAUAUAUGGUCAUUCUCUGGGAAGUGUGCUCUCUUAUGAUAUUCUUUGCCAUCAAGAAAAUCUGGCCUCUCCAUGUCCUAUGGAUUCAAUGCAUAAAGAACAUUAUAAGCAUGAAAAUCCACUACUCACUGUGAAGGACCAUUGUUCUGGGAUCUACUCAUCGAGUCUUCAGAAUGAUACAUUGAGCAUGGCAAGUCUGUCUAAUGAAACGAUGACUGCCAAACCUGGCCCUUCAGAAUUGGGGGCAGAAAAUACUGGGGACUCCUUACUUUUAUGUCCUGCUUUACCUAGUGUACAUAAAUAUGCUUUGGAACAUAACUCUCAGAAACCAGAGCAUGAGAGAGAUGUUCACGAUUUCCUUUCUGAUUUUAGUAAAGCACCUCAUGAGAAAAAUGAUGCAAUAUUUAAGCCUGGGAAUAUGAAUGCCAGGAUUCCUGCUGAUGGUUUAGAGAGAUUGACUACAGAUGAACAUGAGAAUACAAGCAACAAGGAUGAAGUAAUCAGAAUGCUCAGGGAAGAGGUUGCUUCAUUGAAAGGCAAGCUUGUGGAACUUGAAUCACAUUGUGGCAGCCAACGUUCAAAAGAAGACCGAAGUUCGGAUAAACGCUUAUCUGAGAAGCUUCUUUCUGCAGAAGAUGCACCAAAGAGUUACACCCCUUAUAUCAAAUACACAAAGCUCCAAUUCAAGGUUGAUACAUUCUUUGCUGUUGGUUCCCCUCUUGGAGUGUUUCUUGCCCUUCGAAAUAUCCGAAUUGGCAUUGGAAGAGGCCAGGAAUAUUGGGGGGAGGAGAAUAUAAUUGAACAGAUGCCAGCGUGUCGCCAAAUGUUCAACAUUUUUCACCCCUAUGAUCCAGUGGCUUAUAGGGUAGAUCCACUUGUAUGUAAAGAAUACAUCAGCAAACGACCUGUUUUAGUACCCUAUCACAGAGGAGGAAGGAGGUUGCAUAUUGGGUUCCAGGAAUUUACUGAAGACUUGGCAGUUCGCACGCAGGCAAUAAUGAAUCAUCUAAAAUCUGCAAGGGUAAAGAUCCUUACAGUUUGUCAGUCAAAGACCUCAGAGAGCAUAGAAGUGAUGAUGUCAAGAUUCAUUGAGGGAGAUAAUUCGGAAGAAGAGGAAGAAACAUAUGGAUCUCUUACGAUGGAGAGGUUAACAGGAAGCAAGGAAGGACAUAUUGAUCAUAUGCUUCAGGAUAAGACCUUUGAGCAUCCUUAUCUGCAGGCCAUUGGAUCACAUACGAACUACUGGAGAGAUCAUGAUACUGCUCUUUUUAUCUUGAAACACUUAUAUCGAGAUAUACCCGAGGAACCUAACUCAUCUGUUAAAUCUAGUAAUGGCAAAAAGAAUGAGGCUGGUUCUGCUGGUUGGAUUGAUCCAAGAGAGAAAGUUGAGGAAGAACUUCCUUUAACGUUCGCUGACAAUACCAUGGUCAGGAACUUCUCAAGAAAAGCCAAAAAAGUUCUGAACUAGCACCAUUUUCAGGUGACUUUCACUUCCUCUAUUUUUUGUGCAGAUUAUAUCUGAGGUGAGAUUUUCCAUCUGUCCUCUCCCAACACUCAAUAUGGGUUUCAUACUUCUGCAUGACGUAAUGGAGAUUGUAUAAUUUAUUAGAGGAUGAACAUUAGAAAGGAUUCUUCUAACGUAGGGCUGUUUCUCUUGGUUGACGAUCAUAGAAUUUCUGUUUAGUCCACGUUAAUGUACAUAAAGUAGAAAAACAACUGUAUAAUAUUAUUCCAAAUAAUUAAUCUGUAUAGUUCCAAAAAAAAUUGGAGGUUUUAAACAUUUUGACUUUGUAAUCAUUCUUUUUUCAAAGUUUGAAGUUAUUAUUGA